AUGAUGGCCUCCACGGAGAAUUCGGGAAAGAAACUUCUUCUUUCCUACGACACCGAAUUGAUCCAAAACUACAUCCAAGGCGAGAUAGUUUCCCCGAAAAAUAAGUUCGAAGCCCUGCAGACAAAGGAUGGCCACACUCUGCUCUUUGGCAUUGACUCUUCCAAUAUAUUCCAUGUUAUCGAAGAGAGCAGCGGCCAGCACCGUACAGGUUGGGCGCAGAUUGAUCUUUCCACAACGACGAUCAGCUCGCAACUCCCGGGCAAGAAGGAUGCGACCGUGAGCACAUUCGAUGUCGGGCAGAGCGCUCUCGAUCAUACUAUUGGAAUGGCCAUGGCUGUUCGAGUGGAAGGGAAAGACAAUCUUUUUGUAUCGUUGAAGAAUUCCAACUCAGACACCGCCUGGACGAAGAAACCGGGAUGGACAUUGGUCCCGUUUGAUGCCGCUAAUGAGACACAACCAAGCAUUACCGUUGCAGGUAUCUGGUUUGCAGAGACAGAUAGUCAGAAACAAUACCUUGUUGUGGAUGUUGACCGAUCUGGGUCAUCCACGAUCAAGGAUAUCGCACGCUACUAUGUCGAUCCGUCUGUAACCUCCGGUAGUCGCUGGGUUAAACAUGAUGUCCCGGUCGAUAUCGCCGCCGGAUCUUAUCAAAGUUGUAUCGGACGAGUGCACCGUGGCAGGAUCGACGGAGUCUACACUGCUGGAACCGCUGGAGGGAGCCCCCAGCUUGAUUAUGUGCCGCUUGAAAACAUCUUCGGCGAUGGACCGCCCCUUCCAACCCGGUUCAAGCUGCCCGACAACAAGAUUCCAUCUGCUAUAGCCACUGCUCGGAAUCAAAAUGGCGAGACAGACCUGUAUAUCCUCAAUGGCGAGACCCUUUACCGUAUAGCAGCCGAGAAGCAAAAGGAUGAUGCUACACCGGACGCGGUCCUGACCAAUAGCCUGCUUUCUGGAACUGUGGUGCUGCGCGCCAUGAUCCACCAAGGAGUGUUGACUCUCUUCGGAAAGAAUGGAAGUGAUCAGGUCUAUUGCCUUUCAUGCCACAUCGAAAAUGUGACGGACCAGAGAGCAUGGAAUGUCCCAGUCCCUACCGCCAACGGGGUGGAGCAGAUUUCGGCCUACGUGAACAGGGCAGACGGGGGAAACACCAUAUUCACAUCUGGUGGGGGCAGCCUAGGCAAGAUCACCCAGGAUAUCAAUAGUCUGUGGAAGCCACAGAAUCUGAAGCUGGCGCCAGCUUCAACCACUGAAAAAGCCCUCGUCUUCAAGUCUUACACGACCUUUAUUCAUGUUAUAGAUGAGAAUGACUUAGCCGCCAGCGGUGCCACUCUGAAGGUUUCAACAGCGUCGCGCACACCAGUCUAUAUUAACGGAUUGUAUUACGUACUUGGGCAGAGUCCGAUCGAGGUUGAGGCAGACAGCACAGGCUCGAUGACGAUAAUUGAGGAGACCCCGAAUAUCAACGGUGCAACGCUCAUAGUCUCAACGGAUGGAGGCGUGACAACUACUGCCAUCAACCCGAUGGAGAGAUCUUUUGAAAAGCUUGGAAAGCUCAAUUCCAAAGACUCCCUCCGUGAUGCCAGCUUCCCAUCAAAGAUAUGUGGAGGGGGAGUGGUAGGGACACCGAAAAAAAGCCCGUUGGUCGAGUCAUCGACCAAGGAUAGCGACCUCGACAAGGUCGCCGCAAAUAUGGCAGGGCUCAACAAGGCGUAUGCUCACGUUAAAACUUCAAAGCCUGCAGGACAAAAGCUUCACGGCAACCUUCGAGCCACGUCAAGCGGGGACUUUGGUGAUAAUAUCCUAAUCGGGAUUGGGGACCUUUUCAGUUGGCUCGAGUCUGGCGUCGAAGCCGUGGUCGAGGUAGUUUGGCACGAGGCAACGCAGGCAUGGCACUUCAUCGCGACGAUUGCCGGAGAUAUCUAUCGUGCCAUUCUAGACACAGUGGAGGCUGUUGUUGCCGCAGUCGAGUGGAUUUUCAAUGCCAUCAAGACGGCGAUCAAGGCGAUCAUUCAGUUCAUAGAGUUCUUGUUUGAAUGGGACGACAUCAAACGGACCAAGAAUGUGCUGUACAAUAUUUCGAAACAGUUUUUUCAGCAUCAGAUUGACAGCAUUGGGGAUGCAAAGAAUACCUUUAACAACAAGAUCCAAUCUGUGGAAAAAUCUCUCAACGAAUGGGCUAACGUUGACUGGUCACCCCUUGGGGAUACCGUCAGCAAGCCUGCGUCGAGCAGCAGCAAGAGCAACUCCAAGAAUCAAACAUCUGGGUCUCAGUUACUGGCUCAUCAUUACAAGCACAAUGCCAACAGCGUCAGUGUUAUUGCCGACUCGCCGUUUUCUGGAGAUAUCAACAAAGACCCGGUUCAGAAAGCGCUUGACGAUCUACACGGCGCCCUCUCCAAGGAAGAUCAAGUGAUUUCUGGCUUUCGCGACCAGAUUGGAGAAGUGGCCAAGCAAUUCGCGACAAUGACCGUUGAGGAUGUCAUCAAGAAAAUUGUGGUUAUCUUGGUUGAUGGGAUUCUUGCCAGCGUGGAGGUGGUGGUCGAUGCCCUCCUAGAUCUACUCCAGGAUUUGGCUGCAGCAGUAGUGGGUAUGGUGGACGCCAAGCUGCAUAUCCCCAUUAUAUCCGACAUCCUGAAUGCCAUCGGUAUUCCAGAUAUCUCCUUCCUAGACCUGUUCACCUGGGUUGCUGCUGUCUGCUACACUGUCGUAUAUAAGAUCGCAAAGGGAGAGCCUCCUUUCCCGGACAACAAGGAUGUACAAUCCUUGAUCGAUGCCAAUAGCUGGAAGGAUCUAACUGACACGUUGCAUCCUCCGGCAUCGCCCGCAGUCGCUUCCAGGGCCCUCUAUGCCAUGCCCGUCUCGCGCCUUGCCUCUGCGUCGGCUACUUCUACCUCAAGCAAGCCAACCGUCCUACAGGAUCUCGUUUUCAUCGCCGGGCACUCCGUGAGUGGAAUCUGUGGGGUCAUUGGUGCAUUUGUAAAUGCUGUAGAAGCCGAGUCUCCCAUUGGAGACAACCCAAUGUCCACGCCAUCAGCCAUCCUUGGGUUUAUUGGCGCAGCAUCCCAAGCUGUGGCAGAUAUAGUGUCGCCCAAGGAUCCACUUGAGGAACCUAUUUUCAGUGCGCUUAGCACUGCCACUAGUGUCACGACUGUAGUCUCCAAAGUUGUGUUCAGUAGCUAUGGCCAGAAGAAGCUUGCCAAAUUGGGAUUACCCACAGCCGAAGACCCACGCGGUAUGGGUGCGGGGAUCAAUGUUUUACUGGUCAGUGUUGGUGCUGCCGCAACAAUCAAACAUUUUGUCGAGCUUGCCAAAGAUCCCGCUGGAAAAGACCGGUCAGCUGCGAUUAUCGGAGAAGUAUCAAAUCUGACUUCUUAUAUCAGCCGGAUCUCGUAUGCAUUGGCCGUGAAUGAUAUCGAGGAGGACACGCGGCAGGUAGUCAUCGCAGUUAUGACUGUGAGCAAUCUCAUUACAGCCGGUCUCCAGAUAGCAGAGGCUAUUGUGGAUUAG